CACGCAUCCCUGCAGGCCCCGGACAGAAGUUACGGGUUUACAGCUCUUUGCAGGUGACUAUAGGGCUGUUAAUCGUGACUGUCCCAGCGGUCCACUUUCAAUUUGAGUGAUGUGAGCCGAGUGGACACCGCAUAUCAUGUAACCGUUACCCAAUGAUCGAUCGCGCCAAGCCCAUGUUCCCCGGUGUCUCUCGACUCCGAGCUUCACGUCUACUAGUAUGUCACAACGCGUGCCCUGUAUAAUAAUAAGUUACCAGGAUCACACCCUAGCCAAAUUCCCUAUCCCUUAGUCCAUGGCAGAACGUAGGGCUACCCAUACUCGACAAAACACCAGCAUCUCAGGCAGUCAAAUCAUCUCUCAGGAAUGUAGUGUGCAACACUCGCCCAAUCCGCUCUCGGCCAAAGAACUCGAUUCAGUGAAUCUUCGGGAUCCCGAGACUGGCGAACCUCUGAAACCGAGAUUCAAAACCACCUGCGACCGUUUCCUUCGCCGAGGCAAGAAGCCUGUCGGCGUGAUACAGAGCAUUAAGAAAAUAUAUGGAUGUUCAUGGCUCAAUAUACUACUCCUCUUGACGCCUGUAGCAUGGUGGGCGCAUUUUGACGAAAAUAUGGUCGAUUAUCAUACUGCUGUCUUUUCACUUUGUUUCUUGACAAUUAUACCACACGAGUGCUUGUUCGACUACUGCGGUGAACAGAUGGCUUUGUAUUGCGGCAAGGAUCUUGGCGACUUGAUCACGAUCACUUUGAACAACACGGUCGAGGUGACCCUCGCUAUCAUACUCCUGCUCAAGUGCGAGCUCAAGCUACUUCAGUCGACCAUCACUGGUGUGAUCCUAUUGCACCUCCUUCUUGUUCCUGGAGCCGCUUUUUUGACAGGCGGUGCUCGAAUAUGGGAACAGGACCUGCAUCCUGCCCACACACAACUCAACCAUACCUUGCUUACUGUUGGGGUGUUGGCCCUGUUGUUGCCGGCUUCAUUCUAUGCGGCUAUAAGUGGUAGUACUUCCACUGGGAUAUCGGCCAACGGCGAGCUCCCAGACCUUGGUAGUAGCACCCAAACCGACUUCUUGAACAUGAGCAGAGGACUUGCAGUGUUACUCCUUCUUAUAUACAUCUGUUCGCGGAUUUUCUAUCACAACCCUCCUGGUGCUGGAAACAACUCGUUGACCCAUGCUUUGACACCCGCCCAGCUCAAGGCUUAUGAAGCAAAACUAGAGAAAGAGGAGCCUGAGGUUAACCAAUGGGUCUGCAUCUGCGCUCUGAUUGUUAACAUUGCGGUUGUGGCUGUGACCUCGGAGUGGUUGGUGGAUAGCAUCGAGCCUGUGAGGCAUGUUUCCAACAUCACGUCGGAGUGGUUCGGCUUGGUCCUUAUACCCUUCGUUUCCUUCUCAGCGGAUGGAGCUGUUGCAGCAGGCUACUAUUUGCAGAAGGCUGUUCGCCGACUAUGGUUUAAGACUGAGGAUCCUGAUCCACCCAAUCCUCUGGCCAAAGCUGAAGCUAUUGACUUGAGCAUUCAGUUCGUCUUGCUCUGGAUGCCGCUCCUAACUCUGCUUGGGUGGUGCACCGGAAAGCCUUUUAACUUGCUAUUUGAUUUCUUUGAAGUCGCACUACUCCUAGGUGCCUGCUUCCUUGUCAAUUUCGUAACUGCCGACAGUAAAACAAACUGGGCAGAGGGAUUUAUUUUGUUGUCAUUUUAUGCUAUGAUGGUGCUUUGUACUUGGUACUACACGGGAGAAUCUGAUGUAAGCAGUUUGCUACUUUGUCCAGGACAACCUGCCACAGAUUCUUAAAAUCCACGUUUCAAACCCAUACCUACAUUCUUCGCUCAUACAUUGUCUUAUGCAAAUCACGCCUUACAUGCCA